ACAAUGGCCUCUCGAUCAGAAUACCCUUUAAAAGACCAUGAAAGAUACUAAAGCCCAUUGGAAAGCGUGUAUGCCUCGAUGCAAGCAAAUGGUUUAUGAAAAACCCAGACAUCAGAUGUAAAGAAGCUUCGGGAUCUCCAUUAGUGUCCUUCACCAACUGUUUUACUGAUCAGAGACCCCACUAUAUCUUCAAUGUUACAAUUAAGCCUCCUACUAUUGAAGAGCUAAAGAAAGAAAGUGAGCCCAAUGCUGUUAAGCCAAAAUGUAAAGUAGAUUAUUCUCAUUGUAUCAAAGCAGUUCCUCGUGUUCCAAAGAACGGGGUAGUUUCUGUAUGCAUCAACACUUAUUUUGUCCAUAAAAGUAAUAGCUUAAAUGUGACUACAAAAGAGCUUUUUAUUAUGAAACAGGCCUAUGAUGCUGUCAAUUAUUGCAAAGAAUUUAGAAAAGAUAGUAACCAGAAGCAGCUCUGUGCCCUUAUUGAUAAACUUCAAACUGUGAAUCUCAUUGAAUUCAGGUCAGAAGGCAUCAUUGAUGAUGAUGAAGUAAUCAAUAAGUUCUGUGAGUUGUGAGAAAGCAAUCUUGCUAUCAGAGAUAUUGAACUCAAUCUGGAGCAUCUUCUCCAUGUAAAGCAGAUUCUGUAUUCACUAAGGAAGAAUUAUGUUAUUAAGACUGUCAGACUUUUGACUGAACAGAGAAUUAAGGAAAAGAGUGGGAUUAGCCUAAAAAGAGGCUCUAAGGAUUUAAGUGAAAUAGACAAGCUACAAAUAGAAAUCCUAGAAUACUGUGAAGAGUUCAGAAGCAAGAGAAUUGGGACUGAGAUAAUGCUGAACACUACCCACAAAAGAUUCAGAUAUUCAGAUAAGAAAGGAUUUGAGUUGUAUUACAAGUAA